AUGUCCUUCAAAGUGCAAGAGGGCUUUUACGACUCUUUGCACCCGUUGGCACGCUAUACCUCUGAGUUCGCGGGGGGCCACCUCUUUACAGUGGUUGACGGUCAUGCGGGUCAUACGUGUGCGCACGCCGUGAACAUGCUGCACGCAGACUACAUCACCGCAAACUUACUACCACACCAUCUCCUUGCUCCCCUCCACGCUGCUCUCACACGCCAGAGUCUGCCUCACGCGCCGCCACAGGUAGGCCGUCCUUUCUGUAUUCUCUCCAAAUCCAUGCCUUCGGUGGUUGAUCUACCCUUCAUAUAUCCACGCCUCACCUAA